AUGGAGCUCGCGGGCCCCACUGAUGAGAACCCCUUCAGAGAUGCCAGGAGCAUCGUCCCGCCCGCGCCAUCCUCCGGCUGCGGGCAGAAGAGCAGCUGCUGGAUUCGCCAGCUGAUCCCAUUCAACUUCUGGGAAGAGGCAAAGAAGCUGCUGGUGCUGUCGGGGCCAUUGACCUUGAUCCAGUUGCUGGUCUUUAUGAUACACAUUGUAAGCUCUAUAUUCUGUGGCCAUCUGGGGAAGGUUGAGUUGGCCUCCGUCUCGCUUGCUAUUGCUGUUAUAAAUGUUACUGGCAUCUCUGUGGGGGUUGGUUUAUCUUCCGCAUGUGACACGUUAAUAUCCCAGACGUACGGCGGUAAGAACAUGAAGCGGGUGGGGACCAUCCUGCAGCGUGGCACCCUCAUCCUGCUGCUUUGCUGCUUCCCCUGCUGGGCUCUCUUCAUCAACACCGAGCAGAUCCUGCUGCUGGUCCGGCAGGACCCGGAGGUCUCCAGGUUGGCACGAACAUACGCCUUUCUCCAGAAGCCAUGUUUAUAUUUUAGACAAGGCAACAAAAAUCCAGGAGCCCUGGAAAAAAACACAUAUCUGUAUUUUGUUUAAUUUCAGAGGAUAAUCUGGCCGGAGGUGCUAAGUGGCAUCACUGGAAAUAUCAUAAAUGCCAUUGCAAACUAUGUCUUUAUCUACGUGCUGGACCUCGGAGUCAUGGGUUCCGCCUGGGCAAACACUAUUGCUCAGUACACUCAAGCCAUCUUCCUGUUCCUGUACAUUGUUGCAAAGAAGCUCCAUGUGGAGACCUGGGGAGGCUGGUCCAGCGAGUGCCUCCAGGAGUGGGACACCUUCAUCGCUCUGGCUGUGCCCAGCAUGCUCAUGAUAUGCAUCGAGUGGUGGACCUACGAAAUCGGAAGCUUCCUGAUAGGCCUGCUGAGCGUAGUGGAGCUUUCCGCACAAUCCAUCAUUUAUGAGGUGUCCACGGUGUCGUACAUGAUUCACUACGGACUCAGCAUAGCCGUCAGCAUUCAGGUGGGGAACGCGCUGGGCGCUGGGAACAUAGAGGAGGCCAAGAGAUCUUCCACCACCAGCAUGCUGUGCACAGGGUUUCUUUGCCUGGUGGUGGGCGUCAUAUUAGCAGCCACAAAGGAUGUGCUGGGAUACAUAUUUACCAGUGACAGAGAGAUCAUUGCCCUGGUGGCUUGGGUUAUGCCAGUGUACGUGGCCGUCCACGUGUUUGAAGCCGGCUGUUGCAUAACCAGCGGCGUGCUAAGAGGCGUGGGGAAGCAGAAGAUCGGCGCGAUCUUGAAUGCUGUUGGCUACUACGCCGUGGGCCUGCCCUUGGGAAGCGUGCUGUUGUUCGUGGCCAGGAUUGGAAUGAUAGGCCUCUGGGUCGGCUUGCUGAUCAGCGCCUUUAUCCCAGCCAGCUGCUCCGUCAUCUACAUUGGGCGGAUGAACUGGAAAAGGGUCUCCGAGGAGGCUCAGCAACGGGCGGGUGUGAGCCAGUUGGCCAGCAACGAUUUGAACUCAGCUCCUGUCUCACACAAGAUGGCGCUCCCCUCUGUGGAAGCAGAAGCUCCGAACGGCGUUGUUCUGACGCGCAUCACUAAGAACGAGGGUCAGACGUACCAGCUAACGCUCCAGGAAGCCACGCCUGCCCUUUCCACUGUGGGUGAAAUGCUGUCUGUGAAGCAGCUGAUCAUACGGCGCGGGCUGGCCGUCACCGCAGCUAUUGCUGUACUCGCAGUAGGUAUUCUAAUAAGGGUCAUUACUAUCCACCACUAG